AUGGAGGCUUUCCUGAACCCCUGCGUUCGGAGCGACGGCGAACGGCUGGACCCAUCCCUCUCGCCGGCGCCGAGCCUGCUGGCGGAGGACGGGCGAGGGGUUCUCUACGCGCUGGGCGCCGACGGCGUGAUCCGCGCGUGCCCCGCGCGCCUCCUCAACGCUGCCGCGCGCGGGUCCAUCGCCGAUGACGCGCUCCCCACGCGCGUCUUCAAGCCCGAGCCCCCGAUCGACUUCGAGCCACGCACGAUCUCGGUUUCCCCCUCGGGGCACUUCGCCGCGGUGGGCGGCCUGAGGCACGACGCAUCCGCGGGAUCCGGGUCCAUCCCACCGUCCUCCGCGCUCGCCAUCGUUUCGUUGAGGACGGGCGGCGAUCGGUCCGGGUUCGAAGCGUUGGAAGACGGCGCGCCCGGGUGCCGAUGCGUUCCGCUGCUGGACGACGACUUUGACAGGCACCCGUCUAUGCGCCCGCUCCGAGCCGCGUGGCACCCUAACAGCGACGGGCACCUGUGCGUGCUCCUCUCCGACGGCACGUUGCACGUGUUCGACGCCGCCGUGGGACCCGUCGCGGAGCAGGCCUUCAGGCUGGAUCCGUGGGGCCGGGGAUCCCGACCGGGGCCGUACCCGCUUCGACCCGAAAUUGUCGAUUUUGCCUUUGCGCCGCCGCACGGUUGGGGCGCGCUGUCGCUCGUGUUGCUGGGGCGGGAGGGGGACGUGUACGUGAUGUGCCCGUUCGCGCCGUGGGGGGCGAGGUACCCGCGGGUCACCCUGGAGAGCCUGCAACCGCCGGAUGAAAACUCGGAGGUUUGGCUGGCGACGACGUUCCCGACGCUUCGCAGAAAUGGGAGGGGGGCGGACAACGAAGACGACGACGACGGGUACGACGACGACGCGGGCGGCGGCGGCGGCGUCGUGCCGAGCGACGACGACGACGACGACGCGGGCGGCGGCGGCGGCGGGGCGCCGAGCGACGACGACGACGCCUUCGCGGGACCCACCGUCGCCGCCAGACCCGCUCGAAUUGAGGGCGUCGCGACGGCGCUCCGGGGGCCCCUACCGCUCGGCACCGACCCGGUGGACGGCGACGGCGACGGCGGCGUGAUCGGUCGCGGCGCGGUGGCGCGCUCGCUCGCUGCGGCGCCCUUCGCCGCGGGCGAGGGCGGCGGCGCGCUCCUGGCGGUGGCGCAUCAGAGGGUGGUCGCGGAUGAGCGGGAUGAGCGGGCGCCGAACGAGGGGCGCGUCUCCGCCACGCUGGACGUGCUCAUCCUGCCGCAGGAACCGUCCCCGGCGUGGGCCGCGCUCAGCGAGGAGGACGAGGCGGCCGCGUACGAGGCGGCCGCGUGCGACGGCGGGCCCGUGUUGACCCUCGCGCCCAUCGCCGCGGACGACGACGACGGAUCGCUCCAGCCGUUGCUGGCCAUCGACCGAGUCGAGCUCGCGAGCGGCGAGCCGACGCUUCGAAGGCCGAAGACCUCCGUCGCGGCGGCGCAGAACGAGCUCGCACCGUUCGUGUCGGUCGUGUGGGACCCGUCGUGCCGCGACAGGGUGUUCUGCUGCGCGGGCGGUGCGGUUCACGGCGUGACCCUCACGUGGCUCGCAGCCGUCGAGGGCGCCGUGGACGAGGAGGAGGAGGGUGAAAAAUCCGGCAGCGAGCUGUCGCUGCCCACCGUCGUCACGCUCAUGGAUUCGCCCGAGGUGCUCCUGGGCGUGGCGCCGUGCGGGGAUCCGCUCGCGGAGGGUCUCCUCCUGGCGGUGGACGCGACGGGCGCCGCGUACGGUUUGCGCCCCGCUCCGCCGCUUCCCGAGGGAAUCGACGCGGGGAACGAAGACGAGGCGAUCGACUCCGCGGCGGCGUCUGCGCUCGCGGGCGGCGCGGAGGCGAGCGCCGAGCUUCGAGCGCUGGCGGCGGGUCCUCCCGGCCCGCCUCCCGCACCCCCGGCGGGCGCGGCGGCGCUCAAGCCGGGCACGAUUGAGGGCAACGCGGCGCUCGCCGCGGCGGCUAUCGCGCUCAAGGAGAGGCACUUGCGGUACGCGCAUCGAGUCCACGCGGCGACCAAACGGCACAGCCUGCGCCUCGGCGCGGAGAUCAAGCGGCAGCGAGUGGAGGCCAAGGUCAUUCGCGAGGGCCUGGAGGCUGUGCUCGCGCGUAAGGAGAUCUUAGCCGCGAAGAUUGAGCGUAGCGUCGCGAAUCAUGAGGAAAUUCGCGAGCGACUCAGGAAACUGGCAGAGGCUGAGCGUUCGCUGCCCCACCCGCUCACGCGCGCGGAGUCUGCGUUCAAGACCACGCUGCAGGCUAACGCGGACGACCUACCGCUCCUGGAGGCGAAGCUCGAGGAGCUCAAGAGGCGGUGCGAGGCGAUUGGGGAGGAUUUCGCAACAAUCGGCGCGCUGGCGGCUGGCGACGGGGACGUGUUCGAGAGGCUCGCGGCGUCGGACCCGGCGAUCGCCGCGGAAAUUGAGCUGCAGGACGCCGCGACAAAGGCGAACCUGGAAAGGGUGAAAGAGAUCGAGCUAGCGGUCGGUCCACUCGAUGACUUCUAA